CUGAGACUCUGACCUUUGAUAAUGCCUGUGCCACUCAACUAUGCUCUAUCCAGAUGACGUUCUCAAAAUUUUCAACUAUUUAUAAUUUAAGUGCAUAUAGCUUAAGGAUAAAAAAACUGGGCACUUACAAUUUUUUUCUUAUUUAUGAUUUCAGGUAACUGGAAAUGGGGCGCUGAUUUUGUCCGUGAAGAAUACACCCUUAACUAUAUGAUGGCAACAUAUAGUAAACCCAGGUUAACUUAGGUUAUGUGUAAUUUUAAUUUUGUGAUACAAUUCUCCGAGGAAUUCGUUAAUCUUAUUUGGACUGCCCCUUGAAGGUUUCCAUCCUUGAUGGAAUUGUGAUGGGAAAUGGACUUGGUGUUUCUGUACAUGGUAGAUUUCGAGUUGCAACAGAGAAGACGGUUUGUGCAAUGCCUGAGGCAGCUUUGGGAGCCUUUCCUGAUGUAGGUGCAUCUUACUUUUAUUCGAGGCUUCCAGGAUUCUUCCGGGAAUAUGCUGGUCUUACUGGUGCUAGGUUGGAUGGUGCUGAAAUGCUUGCUGUUGGUCUAGCAACUCAUUUUGUACCCUCGGAGAGAUUGCCAUUUUUAGAACAAGCACUAACUAAAGUCAAUACGAGUGCUGCAGAUGUUAUUUCUGCCAUCAUUAGUCGCUUCUCUAACAUACCAAAGUUGAAAGCAGAAAGUCUAUCACAAAACUUUAAGAUGAUGCAUAGCUUUCCGAAGUUAGGAUUGACCAGGGGGAAAGAUUGCUCAAAUAAUACAAACCAGUAGUCUUCGACAUUUGAGGACUCCUUUCUCAACAGUGCACCUGUUUCAGUUCCGCAAUUUUAUGUAUGUAGGAUGAAGAUUAUUGAUCGUUGUUUCUGUCAAAGAACAGUCGAAGAAAUCAUAUCUUCUCUUGAAAAUGAGGCUUUGAACAAAAAGGAUGACUGGAUCUCUUCAACCAUCCAAUCGCUGAAGAAAGCAUCCCUGACAACUCUUAAAAUUUCAUUGAGAUCAAUAAGAGAAGGGGGGGGCUGCAAGAUGUUGGUAGUUGCCUUAUUCGAGAGUAUAGGAUGAUUUGUCAUGUGUUUAGGGGAGAAUUUAGCAAGGAUUUUUUCGAGAGUCAUACUCAUUGACAAGGAUAGAAACCCUAAGUGGGAGCCCUCCAGACUAGAACUAAUUAGAGAUGAUGAUGUUGACCGUUACUUCUCCAAGAUAGAUGAUGGAGAUUGGGAAGACCUAAAGCUGCCUCCAAGAUCAAACUUGCUUCCAUAUGCAAUUACCAAGCUUUAAAAAUUGACUCCUGAAGAGGUUGCAAUACUCUACAGCUUGUUGCCCUCUCAUCAUUACAUCAUUAUUAUGAAGACCCAAUAAUUGCACAUCACUCCGUUUUGACUAGCAAGUAGGGGAACUUCCUAUAUUUGGUGCUCCCUUAGUCUUAGUACAUUAGCCAAUAGCCCAAUACUAAGAACAAUGUUUCCUAUUGUUCAUUAUUCAAGCAUUUG